CCUUCUUGGGCACAGAGUGAAGCUGGAGAGGCCUGUGACCUACAUUGACCAGACAGGAGAAAAUGUCCUUGUGAAGACCCUAAACCAUGAGACUAUGAGGCUAAAUACGUGAUUUGCACUGUUCCUCCUACUCUGGGAAUGAAGAUUCACUUCAAUCGCCCUCUGCCAAUGAUGAGGAACCAGCUGAUCACUCGUGUGCCUCUGGGUUCUAUUAUCAAGUGUAUAGUUUACUACAAUCAGCCUUUCCGGAGGAAAAAGGAUCACUGUGGAACCAUGAUUAUUGAAGGGGAGGAAGCUCCGAUUUCCUACACAUUGGAUGACACCAAACCUGAUGGCAGCUAUGCUGCAAUAAUGGAAUUUAUCCUUGCCCACAAAGCCAGAAAGCUGGCACGUCUUACCAAAGAAGAAAGGAUGAAGAAACUUUGUGAGCUCUAUGCAAAAGUUCUAGGCUCCCAAGAAGCUCUGAAGCCAUCACAUUAUGAAGAGAAGAACUGGUGUGAGGAGCAGGACUCUGGGGGCUGCUACACCACCUACUUUCCCCCGGGAUCAUGACUCAACAUGGAAGGUACUACGCCAACCAGCGGGCAGGAUUUAUUUUAUGGGCACUGAGACUGCACUCCACACACUGGAGUGGCUACAUGGAGGGAGUUGUGGAGGGUGGGGAGAGAGCAGCCUGAGAGAUCCUGCAUGCGGUGGGGAAGAUUCCAGAGGAUGAAAUCUGGCAGCCAGAACCAGAAUCAGUGGAUGUCCCUGUGCGACCCAUCACUACAACCUUCUUGGAGAG